AUGGCUAGUGGUGGCUCUGGCAAAUCGGCUAGCGAGGGAUCCACCAGUGCGGCGAGUGGCAGUCUUCAGCAGAGAAAGCGUCUUUCGUCCAUCUGCGACGCAUGUAAGGGCAAGAUGCAGCUGGUGGCGGACCUCCUCCUGCUGUCCAGCGAAACCAGGCCAGUCAUGACUUCUGAGGGCGUGGCGGUGGCCGACACCUUCGACCAGUGUCGUGACACGGUCAUCGCGCGGACUAAAGAGCUCUCUAUUCUCACCCACGACAUACAAAGCCAGCUCAACAUGGGCCGAUUCACAGAGGUGGGGGACCGCCUGUCGGAAAUGGCCGAUCUCGUGGUUUCUUUGACCGAGUGCUCCGCCCACGCCGCGUACCUGGCCGCGGUAGAGACUACCGGCUCCCAGCCUUGCUCGCCCGGUCUCGUGGACCGUUACAAAGUGACCCGUUGCCGGCACGAGGUGGAACAAAGCUGCGGCGUUCUCCGUAUCACGCCCCUGCCGGAUCUCACUCCCCAACUUCUCCUGGAGCUCUCUCAGAACAUCUCCACCAACCUCAAGACGCUCACAGACAUCUCGUCGCUGGCAAGCGAAAGGUCCAGGGAUCGUUUCGGAAAAGAGCAGUUCAAAUUGAGCGUCAAGAGCAUGAGCACGAGCGGCACCGCCUUCCUGGCUUGUGUGAAAGAAGUGAAAACGCAGCCCAGUGAGCUGUCGAGGAAUCGUUGCGUCCUCUUCAGCGCCGCUCUGGUGCAAGCGGUCAACGCGCUGGUCGGCUUUGCCACAGAGCCACAGUUCCUGGGGAGAGCUGCGAGUAUCUCCACUGAAGGGAAGGGAGUACAGACUGCAGUUUUAGGAGGCGCCAUGAGCGUGGUUUCAGCCUGUGUCCUCCUCACCCAGGGACUCAGGGAUGUCGCCCAGCAUCCCGAGAGCAGCUCUAAAAUGGCUGACUACCGCGAACGUCUACGAAACUCGGCGUGCGCCGUGUCCGACGGAUGUACCCUGCUCACACAGGCGCUCAGAGAGCGCUCGUCUCCCAGGACUCUGCCGCCAGUCAACUCUCAUUCUGUGACAUAG